AUGGUUUUCUGAGAUAUGAAGAUUGGAAGAUAGAAAUGGGAAAAAAAUCCGAAAAAUCAUAUUAUAUCGUAGCUUUAGCAAAGGAGCGCACUUGCUCCGUAAUUGAAAAAUUCAAGCUUUUUGAGAUUUUUUCGGCUUGAACAGUUUGGAAAAAGGUUCUCAAUAGAGCUGUUCUGCUGUGAUUUUUAGUUUUUUUGUUAAAAAAAAUAUUUUUUUAGAACCAGAUUUUAUAUUCAAGAAGAAUGAGUAAGAAUAUUUCAAAAAAGGCACUUCUUAGGUCCAACUUUUCCCCCCGAAUAUCGAACAAAAUUGUUGUGAAAACACGCGUUUUCUUCAUCGGACAGCCCUUUCAGCCUUUCAAUGGACGAAUAAGAAGCAAAAAGUUGCCCUUUUUGUUGUCUCCGCUUGGAUUAUUGUUAUCUUAGGUCUCGAAAAAAGAUUCUUUUUGGUGACGAAAUUUCCUUUGGCUUCUUUUUUUUGCAAUAUUAAAAGGUUUCAGAGUGGUGAAAUAUAUAUUAGGUCAUGGGAAGUUUUUCGAGUUUUAGAGAGGGUGACUCAAGGAGUUUAGUAAUAUAAUUUUUGAAUAAGCGAAAUUUAAGGGAGGUUUCGAUAAAUACAUUGGAAGUCAGAAAAGAAAAGAAAAAAUUCAAAAAAUUUGCUCAAACUGUACUUUUUGGCUUUAUAUUGUAAUAAAGUGAAAGAAGGUAUAUUUUUGCUUAAUUUGGGGCGCUAAAGAGCGGCGUUUUCAAAACGCGCCAGACCCAAAACGACUUCCGCACUUAGCCAUCGUAAAUCAUUACAAAACCUCAAUUGGAUGAAACGAAACGCUUACGCGACACUUUGAGCCAUUCUACGUGCGACCACGAUGUUUUGAAUUGAAAAAAUGUAUUAUAAAACUGGUUUUCAACGAAAAAAAAAAAGAUAAAAAAAGAUAAAAUUCAUCAAAAUUUUCUCAUUCUUGGCUCAUUCAAAGCUUCUGGCGACUUUUCGUGUCUUUUUUUUUGGAUGUAUGCUUUUUCUCUCAAAUUUGGAAGCGUUUCUAGAAGAAAAUAUCAAAUUUUUCCCUUUUUCAGAACUUCCCCGUCUCCAUCGUUGACAUCAAAUCGACCGGCCAACGGAUCAUCGUUUCGGAUGUCCAGGAAUCGAUUCACUUUUUGAGAUACCGCAAAGUUGUAAGUUUAUUUUUUCAUUCAUUCACAAGGUCACUGAAAAAAAAAUGGACAUUUUUUGGUAGUUUUACAUCAGUCAAGACAAGAAAUCUGGUGCUUCAAAAAUGGCUGAAAUGUAGCUACAAUCAGAAAGGACACGUAGUUUUUUGCCCACCUUUUUCUUUGAUUGGACAAAGAUUUUGAUACGAUUAUUAAGUGAAUAACAAGGUGACUCAAGGUUUUUUUUUGAAGAAAUAACUUUCAAAGUUGAUUGAAGAAGAAAGAACGCAAUUGCCAAGAAUAAAGGGAUUUUGAAGGCUUUAGGAAGAAAUUUAAAGAUAUUUUCAAAAGAGGGUGCGGUGAUUUUGGUUGCAAAUGUUCAAAAUCAAACGAAAACCAUUUCUCACAAGCAGUUGUGCUCUAUUGACAAUAACAAGUUGGAAAACCAAAACAACGACAUUCUUCUUCUAUCAAGAAAACGAGAAAACAUUUUCCAAUAGGAGUACUUCUGAACUUUUGCCCCAAAAAUGGAUUUUCCCUCCAAAAAAGAGAAAAAUUCGAAGACGCACAGAAAAUUUCAUGUUAUUGUUAUUUUUGUUGUUGGCGUGCCUGGGAAAGUUUGAUCGAAUUUUCGAGGUCUUCCUAUAUAUAUUUUCCUUUCUUUUUCAACGCCAUCGUCGAAAAAUUUAAUCAUCGUAUAAAUUGAUGCGAGGCGUUAUUAAUGGAGAAUAUAUUGUUCCGAUGGAUUUUUGAGGGAGAAGAAAAGUGGAAAAAAAAACCCCUAGAGUGGCCACUUUCGCAAGCUUUAGUGCCCCCAUAAAGUAGGUAAGGUGGUCACUUGAGGGGUAGUCUAAACGAGCCUUUAUAGUGACCACUGUGGCGUUUCCAAGCUUUUGUAUAGAAAAAAUAGCGAUUUUUAAAAAUUUGCAAAAGCUUAGAAACGACAGAGUGGUCACUAUAGGGACUAUUUUAGAUUACCCCUAAAGUGACCACCUUACUAACCCUAUAGGGACAAUGAAGCUUGCAAAAGUGGCCACUCAAAGGAAAAAAAAUGCAAGUGAUCCCUAUAGAUUUUCACAAUUUAAAAAUGAUCUAAAAAUUUGAAAUACCACUCAAGGGACCACUUGGGCCAGCUUGAAUGAAGGACCACCAAAAUUUUAUUUCUCUAGAAAGCAUCAUCUUGUCCACUAUAGGGACUAUUUUAGAUCACCCCUCAAGGGACCACCUUACCUAUCCAAUAGAGGCACUAAAGCUUGCGAAAGUGACCACUCUAGGAGAGCAUUCAAGGGACAACAAAAAAGUUAAAAGGCCACUAUAGGGACCACUUGACGGCUUGGGGCCAGACCCUAAAUCCCUGUAGGGACCACUAAAAGUUUAGCCCUCUAGGUGGCACUUUUUUGUUCACUACAACCCCUACAGUGACCACUUUGGCGUCCCUAAAAGCUGUUCUAAAUUGAUUCUAUUAAAAAAAUAUAUCGAUAUUUGAUUUUUGAGAACAAGAUCUUUUUUCUUGAAAAUUCGCUGAUUUCAAAGUUUGAAACGAUUUUAAAGCCAUUUUUCUCAUAGGAAACCCCUCAAAGUACUUUCGAAAGCCAAUUUUGAGGCUUAUUUUUUGGGAUAGUCCACAGAUAACGUUGUUUUUCGUCGUCCUAACCACGUGCCCAACGAUAAGAGCUCAAAAAUAGUUGUGAGAAAAAAAAGAGAGAAUCUGAAGGACUCUUAAGCCCAUAUUUUGUCAACAAGAAGAAUCCUCGAAUUGGAAUCUUAUUGAAUGUGAAGAAUAAAGUGUGUUUGUUGGAGCGAAUUUGAGGAGUGGGCCUUUUUGAUUUUGAUGAGAACUUUGAAUGAAAUAUUUAUGAAAAUUCAACUUUUUAGGCUUGAAAAUCCACUAAUUUUGCAUUGAAUUCGGUGAAAUUGGAGAAAAAGGAGCUCGUAACUGUUUUGGAAGUGGACCCUGAAGUGGUUUUUCAAAAAAACAAGCUUCUAAAGGGGUCACUUGAAAAUAAAAAAUGAAAUAUAUGAGGUAGAAAUAAAAUAGGGAUUUUUAGUUAAAUUUUAAGCAAAAGCAUUUUUCAUUUGACUCCUAAAGUGGCCACUUCAAAAAAACCUCCAUUUGACGCCUCAGUGAUCACUAUAAGGAUUACGAAAUUUUGAUUAUUAUGAAAUGCUUCAACCUUCUCAAUAAUGUUUUUUAUUUCGAAAAAAAGGAACCUUAUAUUUUGAAAUAUAGCUGAAUAAUGAAACGUUAAGGAUAAUCAAUUGGUGAUUUUUGCGGACGAUACGACACCGAGGUACGUGACUUGCGUCUGUGUGCUCGACUAUCAUACGGUGGCCGUCGGCGACAAAUUCGGCAACGUCGCUUUGGUUAGUUCACUUUACAGUUUCCCGAUUCCCGGUUUAGUUCAAAAAUAGCAUGAUUCUUUUGGUCUCUCUAGUGCCGCGGUGCAAACAGUUCAACUCUUUGGGGAAAUUUUAGUGGCCACUAUAGAGUAGUUUUUCAUCCAGUAUUCCUUCCAGUAACUCUGAUAAUUUUAAAACAAACAGAUUGGAUCAGUUAUGUUGAUCCAUUGACCCCUAAAGUGGCCACUAAAAAUUUUAGAGGUCUAGUAGUAGCACUUAGACCUCUAUAGUGGCCACUAAUUUGACUACUAUAGUGGCCACUACAACGUCAAAACCCUAUGGUGGCCACUAAAAAUUUUCCCAGUAGCAGAAUCGACUAAGUGAUCACUAAAGCGUUCGGAAAAAUGAUAGAAAAAUUGACGUUAACUUUGCCGUUUCUAGAUUUCUACUUUAGUUCCAAAACAGCAAGGUUUUCUCGUUCGUCUCAGGAUUCAUCUGAUUGAAAUAUUAAGCUGAAACUUUAAUUUUGGAAAUAAGGAGGGAAAUCGUUAUAUUAUAUUCUAUAUUGAACUUUGAAUAUCUGAGAAGAACGGCUGAGUGUUGCUCAUGUUAGAGGAAAGAUUGGACGAGGUUUAGAGAUAAACUAUCAAUUCCCAUCAAUCGAGGCUCAAAAAAGCUCAAAUAUUGAUCGGAACCGCUAGACAAAAUAAAAAGAAUAAGAAGAAGGAAGCGAUCUUUUAUCGUGAAGAAGAGUUUCUCUGCAAAAUAAAAGAAGGGCCUACUCUUGGAUGCAAAGGAGGAAGUCGGCGUUUAAGGAGGACCUUUUUUGAUGAAUGAAUAGAUCCGCGGAAGGUGUCAGUUUGACCUUUUUUCCUAGACAAAAUUGUUUUUUUUUCUUCGUCUUCUUUGAGCUUGAAUUGAACUAAUAACAAUGAGGACGAACGGAGGUGACCUUUUUUGAGGAGAUAGGUAUAUUUUUGGUUUUCUCGAGUUUUUCUGAUUCUUUUAUCGUUUUCUAGUUCUACUUUUAAGAUUUUUAGAGUUAUUUUUUCCUAGAAAAGGAUUUCAACAUGAUCUUUCAGACGAAAAAUGAAUUUUUCUAGUUUAAAAACUCAAAAAAAAGUCGGAGAUCAGCUCGAAUGUGCGGAUUUUCAUGGAGAAACGCAAUCUAUCCGUUUUUUGCAAACUCAAUUUCCAAUCUUUGGAUUAUGUUCUUUGCUCGAAAUUCAACGCCAUGAGCUUUAAGUUCUGAAUUUUGACUAUAUAGCUGAUUCACGGCUGGCUUGAGCCAUCGAGAAAAGGGUCCUGCCACGAAAAGAGACGAGACAGUGCCCUGGUUGGUGGAGAGUGCAGACAGGCCACGCCUUUUUGCGUCUCAAGCUAGUCGUGAAUUGUCUAUAACUUAAUAAGUUUAAAAAUGAAAUCAUAGGUUUUUUUGGCUGUUUAAAGUUUAGAAACAUCAUUGAAACAAUGCAAAUCUAGUCAAGACAGCCGAAAGACAGGCCUUUUUUACUUUGAACAAGAGAAAAAAAACUGAGGAUUUCUUGGCGGAAAUAAGACUUGGAUUUUGUGAGCGGAACUUGUUGAAGACUCCUCUUUUUUCUCGCUUUGCUUGCCCGUUUUCGAAAUGAAGAAGGGAAAUUUGAAUUUGGGUUCAUCGCCUCGUGUCUUUCAAGUGUCAUCAUUGAAAAUCCAAUGGGAUUUGAGUUUGUACAAGCGAGUAAUAUCGAAAAAUGCGAGGAUUUGGUUCUUAGAAAAUGCUCUUGUUUUUUAGUUUGGACUAAAGAUCGGAGAGAAAUGGAGCCUUUAUGGUUAGGUUUGAAAUUUUUCAUGAUUCUGGAGAAAAUGGAGUUAUAGCCAUACAUAGGAUCAUAUGGAAAAUAAAAAGUUACACCAACUUGGAGAAAAAAACCGGUAUAGGAGAAAAUGCGCUCCAAGGAUAAUUUUACUAAAUUUUUUUACAUUGACAUAAAAAAAGGUUAAAAAUCAACCGAAAGGAGCAGACUUUUUAAAUUUUUUUGAAAAAAAGAGACUUUCAGAAAUAAGGAUGAAAUCAUAUAACUUUUUUUCAGAAAUUCCAAUUAUGAAGUACACAUCCCAACUUUUUUUGAUGUUUCGAAGCGCCGAAUCAGCAAUAAAACUAGCCUAAAUGGCCCCUCAGAGUGCGUACUCGCGUUUUCGACUAGAAUUCCCGACUUCCUAAACUUUUUUUUCCGUCCAGUAGUUCUUUUUUCCCGUUUAGGGACCAUGUUCAAUUGGAAAAAAAACCCCUGUUUAUUUUCAGAACCUCAUAAAAAACUUGACAAGGAAACAUAAACUAGGGUGUAAAGUAUCGGUUUACGGAAGCGUCUGUUCGAAAAUGUUCCGGAUAGGCUGUUCCCAGAAGAAAAUGUCAGGAAAAUUGAGCCCCGACGGAAAGGUCGGGGGAAAAUAGAGCCUCGGAAAGUUCAGCUGAAGAGAAAGUUUUGUGUUUUUUAAUCAGAAGAGAUCAUAUUCUUUCGAGGAUUCAGAGAGCAAAAAGUUUAAUUUUAGGGCUUUUUAGGGCUUUUUCAGGGCUCUUCGGGGCUUUGCAGGCUUUUUCGUCAUAAAAACCUAAUCUUUUGGAUAUUUUGGGCCCUGUAAACAUUAAUUCGUACUUCAGGCGUGUAUAUGAUAGCAUUUGUAGGGAGAAAAAAACGCCUAAAAUCAUUUCUACAGUAGAAAAACCCGAAAAGAUUCAGAAAACUGCAAAAAAAUAUUUUUUUAUUUACAUUUUCUAGCUUUAGAGAUAGUCAAGUUUCGAUUUUUAAAGUAUAAAUGAGCUGCAUUUUUUUCAAAAAAAUAGAAAUGGAAUAAACAGGAAAAAAAUGAAAGAAUAAAAAAACGCUCUUCUUGGGAACAAGCUCAUUCAAAAGUGUUCAGAACAAUUUGCCUAUUGAUUUAUUAAUGAAAAUGAAUUUUUCAACGUAAUAGGAUAAGGAGGACGCUUUUUGGUCAAAAAAGAAGAGAAAAAGAAAAUUUUCAGGUCCUUUUUUGAGUCGGUAAUCGGAUUUGAGGUUGUUUAUGAGGAUGGUUUGUGCUCUUGAAGAAGCAAUUUCGGUUUUUUUUGGUCUGUUUUGAAUUUUGUUAGUUGCCUUUUUGGGUAGUUAUGUUGGAAAUUCUCAUCGAGGGGAAUUCGAACUUUGACAAAAAAUUUUCGGUCGAGAGAAAUUCGGUUUUUAGCUGGUAAUGAGCAAGUAUGGCAAUCAAAAAAGGCUUAUCUUUCAACUAAAAAAAGAAAUUUUAAUUCCGAGAAAAAACGCCUUAAAAGGCCAAAAAGAGCUUGUUUUUGUCGGAAAUAAUGGAAUUCCAGCGGCCUAUAAACCAUAUAAAGUUCCAUGAAAGUGAUCAUAAUUCUAAAGAAAUUGAAAUUUAUCACCGAAUUUUCGCGGAAAAUCAACUUCCAGGUGAGAAAAGUAAACUAACGUGGGAAGCGUAAACAAAAAAGUAAAGAAAAAGAAAAAAGAAAAAAAAGGCGGCGGCCGUUCUGAAGAAUCUAUUUUCGCCUGACUAAUUACUCGGAAAUGCACACAGAAAAAAGAACAGGAAAAGUGACUUUUUGCUUAGUUUUUUUGGGCUUUUUGAAACAACUGAUUUCUGUGAGAAAUUUAAAAAAAUUUUUCGUAGAAAGAGAGGAUUAGAUGAUUAUGUAUAAACCAAUUGGAUGAGAAAGUUUUGAAAAUUGUUAAUCCUGUGAAUUUUUAAGAAUUUUUGAGCUGGAGACGGUAGGAAGAUGCAUAUAUUUUGAAUUUUUUGUACCGUAUCUAUGGAAAUUUGAAACCGUCUGAUUUGUCUGGGCUCUCCAAGCUCUCUCUCGUCCUGACUUUUUGACUUUUCGGUGAGAGAAAAGAGGGCGCAAAGUGGUCAGACUGUUUUGGAGGACCACAAUUGCUGUUAUCACCUUUAUAAAUUCAAAAAUAUUGAAAUUAGCGUUAGAGCAAAGAUCAGCGUUAUUUUAGAGCCGACCUAUUUCUAAAAAUGUUAAAUUACUUAUCAGGUGAGUAGGGUAAAAAAAAAGGUAAUUUUUUGAAAAAUUUUAAUUUUCAAAGGAAAGUUUUUUGCCCUUUUGCACCAUCUCCAAACCAAAUAAAUGACUAUAUUUAGCCUUAAAAACCAAACAUUAACUCAUUUUCUCCCAAAAAAAACGACAAAGAAAAUGACGUUUAGAAAAAAAGAAAGUGGAUGACUAAAAUGGAACGGCGGUUUUGCUUUGUUCCGGCCGCCCACCCUCGCCUAUUUUCUUUUCCUUCUUUCUCUCCGGUGAAUCUACGGACUUUGAUGAAAUCGAAUCGGGAAAGCAGCCGAUUCAACUUUGGAGCAAUCAGAGCCGUCGGCCAACCUUAAACUGAUUCCCUCCCCCCCAAAGCUCGUCUUUAUUUUCAUUGACGGGGCUUGUUUUUCAAAGAAAUGUCCUGGUUUCGGAUCACAAACAAUGCUUCUUGGAUUGGUUUGGGAGGGUUAAACAACCUUUCUGGUGGAAAAGAACGGCUCGAAUUGAAGUAAAAAGACAACUUUUUUAUGUACCUCAAUCGCCGUCAUUUAAAUUAUUCUGACUUGUCUGCGCUCUCUUCUCUCUUGCUACUUCAUUUUAGGACCCUUCUGGUAGAAGAAGUAAAAAGACAACUUUUUUAUGUACCUCAAUCGCUGCAGUUUUAAUUAUUCUGACCUGUCUGCGCCCUCCCCUCUCUUUCUCUAAUUCAUUCUAGGACCUUCUGGUGGGGAAAGAGAGCUUCCAAGUUGUGGAAAACCGGUUAAAAAUCAAACAUCUCCGAAUUGCGAUUUCAAAAAUGUUCCAAAUGCAUUUUAAUGCAAGUAAUUGAACACAAAUUUAUAAAAAUGAAUAUUUCGAAUCUCAGAAAGUAGAAAUUUUGACUUUUCAUAGGGUCUCGUUUCUAUUGAAAAAAAGAACUAAUCACAUUUUUUAACCAAAGAAAAAAAAAUCAUAGAUUUGAAAACUGGGGCUUGGUAAACGACUAAAUAUAUAGCAUUUUCUCCCCCGAAAAAAAAAAAAUUAAUAUGGGCCAGAAUGAAGAAAGUGAGAUUGGUCUAAAUGAAAUUAUUAUUACUAGCUAUUUUUUUGUUUUUCCACCAAGGCUGGAUGUCAUGGGUUUCCCCGCAAAAUAGUAAUAAGAGUAAAAAAAUUUUUUUAAAGUAAAAUUUCCAUUAAAAAUCCUUGAAAAAGGAAUAUAAGCAAUACAAAGCAAAAAAGUAGUUGUAUUGGGGAUUUUUGGGAGUGAUUGAUGGUGUGCUGUUCGUUGGGGCGCCUUUUGUUUAUCCGUCAAGACAGGAACACUUUUUUUUUCUUCCUAGGAAAGCAAUUUGACAUUGUUAGGUGCGUUAUGGGAGGUCGGCUCCGGCUUCUUUGCUCUAAAAUUCCUUUUUUGAAGAGAGUUUUCUGGAUUUCAUACAUGAAUAUACUCUAUUUAUCCUGAAAUGGACGAAAUUUUGGGAAAGAGGUCUAAAGAUAAAUUUUAAGGAUGGGGUGUUGAAAAAAAACCAAGUUUUAAGCUUAGUCGGUAGUACUGACUUUAAUUUAGGGAAAUUUCGCUUUUUUCGGCUUUUCCUUUCUUUAUAGAACAGUGAUUUUGGUUUUUAAAAAAAGACAAAAAAAAGAAGAAGAAAAAAAUGAAUUUAUAAAAAAAAAAGUGAACUUUUUUUUCAUGGACCAUUUUUUACGAGUUCUCUGACCUGCCUGCGCUCUCUUUUCUCUCGCCGAAAAUAGAAUAUUUUUUGAGAACGAGAGCCCAGAGAAACGAGACUUUAAGAAUAAGUGAAUGGAUGGAAAAGUUGGAAUUUUAGCCAGUAAAAUAAUAUAGCAGACGUUUUCAGAAACUCUGAUCGUCUCAAAUUUGAAAAGAUAUUCCUCGAAAUGAAAAAAAAUGUAAGCUUCAUUAUACACUUUCCAAAAAAAAAAGCCGUGAUACCAAGCUUUUCGGCCUUUUUGAAUGCGUAAAUUGGGUGUUUUCUAGGUUUGAUCUGAUUUUUAGCAGCUGCCGUUCUUCGAAAACAUUCAAACGAAAAUUUCACUAAUUUUGGAAACCUUACAUGGGAGAUCAUGUCACUUUGUGGUUGGGAAUUUCCUGAAAAUUGGCCAGAACCCUUCUUGCUGUACUAGAUGAGGGCCCUGAAAGUCUAACUGCAAAACUUCCUAGUUUUUGAGAAAUUAGGGCCUUAAGUCUCAGAAUAGCCUAUUUUUAUGGGUUUUCUUUGACUUGGAGGCGUCUUUUUUUUUAAAACGGGGGAUUUUUGCAGUUUGAGACUUCUAGAAUGUUCUUCUGGUACAGCAAAUAGUGUUUUGGCCAAUUUUCAGAAAAAUACGAACCACAAAGUAAAAUGGCCUCCCUUGUUAGUUAUUUAUUUACUCGUAAAAAAUGAAAAAAAACGACCAGACGAUUUUUCAUAAUUUUAUAAUGUCUUUCAUGAACUUGGCAGACUAGACUAUUCCGAACUUAAUAGGCCUUGCCAUUUUAAUGACUUCCUCGUUUUAAUUACAUUUUUUUCUCCCGAUUAUCAAAACUUAAAACUUUCACAUGGGGACAAAGUUCUCAAGAAAACUUAUUUUGACCCUCAAUUUGCGGAAGUUUUUUGUUUUCUGACUCUCACGACAGACUUAUUUCGUACCAAUCCUUUUCGGCCAAUAAUUAUGGGUCUUUGGCGUAGGUUUUGCAAAAUUUUGAGUCGAAUGCGAGAAAAGGUUAUAGAAACGGGUGAUUAUAAGGCAGACUGAUGACUUUGACAUUACAAAAAGAUUCACUGCGGAAUGAAAAUUUCAAUUUUCAAGAUAUAAGUUUGAUACAGUUCCGAAACAAGCUCUAUAAAAAAGACGCUCUGACGCACAAAUAUUCCGCCAAAAAAAAUCUUUCGGUAAAAAUUUUUCAACGAUGUAAACACGCUCUGAAGCACAGGACAAAAAAAUAUUUCAGUAAAAUUUUCAAACGAUGUAAUUUGAAUGAAAUUCCGAAACACGGUCCAUACAAAAGACGCUCUGACGCACAAUUAUCUCACACAGAAAAAAAAAUCCUACAGAAAAAAGUUUUAGACGAUAUAAUGUUUAUGAAAUUCUGAAACACGCUCCAUAAAAAGACGCUCUGACGCACAACUAUCCCCUAAAAAAAAAGAAAAACCUUCUAGUAAUCAAAAUCCAAUGAACUACUCGGCGGGAACUUUCAUAGUGCAAAAAAAUUUAUCCAUCCGAUUUUUCUUUUCCUUUUCCUGGUUUAUUUCCGGCACACUCGGACGGGCAAUUCGAUUAGGCCAGAAAUAAACGAGGCAAUAAAUUUGAUCAUUUUUUGCCCGGCUGAGCGUAGUUUGGCGUGUAACUUGAGUUUUUUUCAUAAGAAAUCACGCUCCAACGAACAGAAGAGAAUUUUUUCAUGGCAAAAAACAUUUUUUGGCCUCCGAUGUGGCAAGCGUUAAGUCAGUGGAGCUGCUUGGAUAACGCGAUUAGUUUUAUUUGGUUUAUGGUUUUUUUCUUGUGGGGCAGGAAGAUUUGGAACAGGAAAAAAAAAUAAACUAAGAAAAAAAAUUCAUAAUUUCAAAUGAUUUACUAUGAAGAAAUGUGAAAGAAAAACUGAAAAUUGUAAUUUUUGAUAAAUUCGAUAUUUAUUUUUUGGAAAACCCCUAAUUUUCAAAUUUCUCGUUUUUCACAGUUUAAAAAACGAAUAAAGGUUACAUUAAAACUUACAAAACACUAUAGAUUCCAAGAAAAAUACGCUUGAAGACCUUCCGAGAAAAAAAUUAUUUAUGAGGCAAAAAAAAUCGAAUUUUGUUAUACUUUUUCUCCUCAAUAUCUCAAAAAUUGUUCACUUUCUCAUUUUAAAGCUCUUCAAAACCUUAGAAAGUCCUAUUUUAGACAAAAUUUAGUACAGAGGAGCCUAAAAAUGGAGAAAAACGAAUGAUCUCCUGACAGAGUUAUUCCCCUCGUCGUCAUUUUUGCUCGAUGAACUCCAAGAUACUUAUUUUUUGAGCUUAUUUUGAUGUUUCCAAGUCGCCUGGAGGUCUUUCCGGACUUUUUCAAUUUUCGGAUCUAGCUGGCUGUUUUUUGAGGGGACAAUUCUUCCGGUGGCUGCAGCUGUUUAUUGGGGAGGAAGGUCGCUCCAAUCUCAAGCUGAAAGGGAAAAGAAUGAGGAAGUGCUCGGCGAAAGUUUAGGACAACUGAGGAAAUUGGGAGUUUACGAGCCAAAUUCGAGAUGUUUCGAUUGUCGUUUGCGACGUGAAUUGAUGGGUUCUUGAGAACAUCGCUUUUUUCCUUCGAAUUGUGGGGGUUGAAAACUGAAGUUUUAUUCGAAAUCUACUGGAAAUACUCUGAGAAAAUGUAGUUUUUUGAGCUUACUGGGAAAAUUAUUAGUAGCCACUAUAGAGCCUCGCCAAGGACUACUUGGAGAGGACACUAAAGUGGCCACUAAACCCACCUCUAUAGUGGCCACUCUUUCCCAUUUUUAGUCCACUUUAGAGGUUCUCUAUUUAGUGGCCACUUCAGUAGUUUUUCAUCCAUUAUUCAUUCCAUUAACUCUGAUAAUUUAAAAACAAACAGAUUGGACCACUUAUGUUGAUCCAUUGACCGCUAAAGUGGCCACUUAAGUUUUUAGUGGCCUAUUAGUAGCACUUAGACCUCUAUAGUGGCCACUAAUUUUAACCCCUUAAGUGGCCAUUAAUUUGACUACUAUAGUGACCACUAAAACGUCAAAACCCUAUAGUAGACGCUUUAUAUUUUCACAGCACAAGUAUAACUGUAGUCAGAAAAAAUAAGGAAAAACGACUUUCUGAUCAAAACUUACUUGUAUGUAGUUUGAUCUCUCUGAAAAAUUUUGGAGUUGUGAUCACUGUUAUUUUUAACACUCUGGUGGGAUUUCAAAAAUAAAAUCCAGCUUCAUUUUCAGAUCAAAAAAUCCAUAAGUUGUUAGGAAAAAAAAUUUCUGAGCGUAUUGUAUAAAUAGCGGCAAAAACACGUCAUUGCGCUUUUUUUCUAACUCAAAUUUCGAAUUACUCAUAUUUCUAUCAAGUUUGUUGCUAUUGUAAGAUUGUGAUGUAAUUUUUGCGGAAAUUUGUCAUUUCUCAUCGAUUUUGAGGCUUCUGGAAUAAUAAAAAUAGUAUAGUUUUUCUAUUUUUUUAUAGACCCCAAUUGAACUCUAAAAAAAUUGAAAAAAACAGUAUUUUUUUCGAAUGGAAGCCAAUUUUUUUCAUUUUUCUUCAAAUGAUCAGAUAAAAAAACCGAUUUUUGCGUCAUCCCUGAGGCUCAAAAAAACACAUUUUUUUCAACAUGAAAAAAAUGGUGGCUUUUUAGAAAAGCUAUUGGAGGAAGUGCAUUGGAUUUAUCUUCAACCUUUCUUUUUUUCAAGAUUUUUUGGGAUUUCAAAGGCUCUUUUUUAAUAAUUAAACUAGGGCUGUCAAUGAAUUUGUGAUAGGAAAAUAUCUGAGAAGGACAGAAAAUGUUUCUUUGUGUUUCAGAAAAUUUCCGACAUGGAACCCUUUGAAAUUGUAUUAAUUGCUCGCCGACGCCCUGGAAAAUUCGAUUUUGACACAGAACAUGCGAAAAGUUUCGCGGAGGUCAUGUGGAAGUUUAAUUGAAAAAAUAGAAAAAUCCAGACGAUUUGGAAGGGAAAAAUGGAGCGAAAACGACAAAAAUGACAGAAAACCUAUGAUUAUCGUCCAUUUGACAAAAAAUGAAACUUCAAAAAACGGCAGAUCGGAGGUUUUUCUUUGAAAAACAUGCUGAAUUAUUCGCAGUGUCACAUUUUUUAGAUUAAAAAAGUUUUUUUCAACAAAAUAAAUGAAUUUUAACUUCAAACAAUCGAAAAUGUAUUGAUUUUUUUAGAAGAAAAAGAGGUAAUUUCAAAAAAAAUAUUCCAAAAAUCACCAGAUUUUUUCCUUCAAAAAAUGAAGUUUGAUACAUUUUUUGCGUGGGUUGCGAGAAUGAGAGAAAAAUGCGGAUAAAGUUUUCCUGGACGGCUGUAAGCUGAGAAGAAAUUGGCACUAUUUGAGUAUAAACACACACAUUUUUGUGUGUACACGUGCAAGGUUCUAUUGGUUUUCUCUUUUUUCUGAACACUUUGGUAGAAUGAUCUUGAAACUUUGAGAAGAGUGGAAAUCUUUUCCGGACAGUCUGACCUGUCUGCGCUCUCUCUUCCCUUACCUUUGGCGUCAGAGAGUCAUGAAGAAUGAAAGUGAAGCUGGAAAAAGCUGAGAUUUUCAACUUUUUGAAUAAAAAUUAAAAUGAAAAAUGAAGAUUUGAAUAAAAAAUUCAAUUUUUAAUUUUUUUUUUAACCUCAAAGAAGCUUCCCAUAAAUUCCUCAACUUUUAAAGGACUUUCCGAAAAAAGACAUGAAAACUUGAGACGAAGCUAGACGGGGAAAAAGGUUUUGCGGCCUUGUAACACAAAACUUUGGCCUCAAAUAUCGUUUUGCAGUUUGCCUCCGAUGUUGCCAUACUAAAUGAACACGAUUGAGUCAUUCAAAGGUUUCUUUUUCUGCAAAAAAUGGUUUUUUUGGUGUUUCUGUGAGGGAUUUCACCUAAAAUCUUGAAAAAUCUGAUCCCUUGCAGUUUAUUGAGGCAAAACUAUAGUUUCUUUUUAAAAAAAAGUCUCACAAGGGAGAUAACUUCAUUUUGAGAAUGGGAAGUUCUUGAAAUUUGGCCUGAACUCUUUUUAAAGUACCAGAAAAAGUUCCUGAAAUUUUGAGCGACCUUCUAGAGACAUCAAAGCUCCAAAAUGGCCCAUUUUUACGAGUUUUGAAGGUUUUCUUUGACUUUGUAGUGUCCUUUUUCAAAAAAAAUAGGAAAGUUUGAAGCUUAGGAAUUUCAGAAUCUUCCUCUGGAACUUCAAGUAGUGUUCUGGCCAAUUUUCAGAAAAUUACCAACCACUAACUGAAAUGACCUUCCUUGUCAAAAAAAGAGAAUUUUGGUCCAUUAGAAGCUUUUUUGUUGUAGUUUGGACAGACUUGAGAGCUCUCCUAGCAAAUCUAGGAAUAAACAUCCAUUGUUUCAUUCGGCCAUUCAUAAACUUCUAUUGUUCAUGUGUUCCUUGUGAUUUUAUUUCUUGUUUGGUUUUUUUCGGGAUAAGCAGAGCAAAGUGAAAAGAAGGAGAAUAUAAUACUUGAAAAAUUUUGGGACGAAUUUGGGUGAAAAUUUAUAACUUUAUUUUUUUUUAUUAGGAUACUUUAACCACCUAGGAAAGAGCUAGGCACUUUAUCAAUAAUUUUCUGAAAGCCUCCAAAAAGAAAACCCUGAUUUUUUUCAGUAUAUUUAAAAAAAGGUUCCUUUUUAAUCUUUUUCAGAAAUACGGACUUUUUUUCAGCUUUUUCAGUCACUUUUUGAACUUUUUGAUAUCCAUCUUUUUUGAACACAAAUUCACCUCCUUAAAAGCCCAUUUUCGAGAAAAAGUUCAAAAAUUUGCUGAAAAAUCUACUCAAAGAUCUAAUUCUCUAGGAACUGCUUUUUAGAUCCUUUGUACCCUAUCCAUAAGAUUAAAAUCGCUCUAAACCCAUUAAAAAUAAUUUUACAGCUUGGGGUUUUAAAUUUUCCCACCAAACUUGUAUCUUUUUCUGGCCGAAACCGGAACUCGUAGUCUUUUCCUUUGAACUUUCUGUGGGUGGAUAAAUUUUGAAUGGAAGGAGAAGCGACGAAACGAUAGGGCCGUGUCAAGGCGUGAAAUAAGGAAGCAGGAAACUUGGCCGACGUCCCGGACAAUGGGACGUUUUUUUCCGAGUUGAAGGAAUUGAGUAUUUCUAAAGUUCUUUUUUUUCCUUUCUAGGCGAAGGGCUCUUCUUGGGGAUCAGUCUUUUUGAAAUGGGGGAAAGUUUUUUUUUUCGUUAAAUGGAAAUUUGAGCUUCAUCUCAAUUACAACUUUAUUGAAAAAUUUAAAAAAAUUGAGUAGAAUUCCAUCAAAUCAACAUUUUCAAUGGAGAAAUUUACUAUUUUUUUGUCAGAAAAAAAUAGGUUUUUUUGAAAAAGAAACGGGUUUUAUUUAUACCGAAAUUUAACAAUGUAGAAGAAAAAUGACGAAUAAUUAAUACUUUGAAAGGUUUUUCUGAAACUUCAGCUCUAUUUUUUGAAAUAACGGUUUCAAAUCGAGAAAUAUAAUUUCAAACUAGAGUGUUUCACAAAAGUUGGAGAAAAGUCUGCCGGCUUUCGUCUUGAUCGACCCCAAAACUAGAGCCUUUUUGAGCUUUGAUGUUCUCUCCAAAAAUACGUCCAAGUCAUAUCUCCUCAUAGAUAUUUUCGGACUCUUUUUGAGCUGAAACUUGAAAAGAAUAUGAGAAAUUAUUAAUGUUCGCCUUUUGAUGAGUUUCUGGUUCGCUAUUUAUGGCGGUCAGAAUAACUCGAGGGAAUUUUUAAAAAAAUUGAAAUUUUAUUCAACAAAGAGUUACUGGCCACUUUAGAGGCUCGCCAAGGACUACUUAGAGAGGACACUAAAGUGGCCACUAAACCUACCUCUAUAGUGGCCAUUAUUUUCCGUUCAAAUAGAGAAACUCUAGAGGCCACUUCAGUAGUUUUUCAUCCAGUGUUCCUUCCAGUAACUCUGAUAAUUUUAAAACAAACAAAUUGGACCAGUUGUGUUGAUCCAUUGACCCCUAAAGUGGCCACUAAAAUUUUUAGUGGUCUAAUAGUAGCACUUAGACCUCUAUAGUGGCCACUGAUUUUCAACCCCUUAAGUGGCCACUAAUUCGGCAACUAUAGUGGCCACUAAAACGUCAAAACCCUAUAGUGACCACUAAAACUUUUCCCAGUGCUUUUAAUUUCAAUUUCUAUGAAACCAUAGAGGGGCAAGUAAAGAACUUAGUCAGGCUGGGAGGCGAAAAUUCCAGAAAAUGAGGAAUAUAAUCAAGUUUGAGCCUCCGGGAGGUAUUUUCAACCCCAAUAAUACAAGUUUGAGCCUCAGGGAGAUGGCAUUCACUUAAAUUUGGGAAAAAUUGGGAGCAGGGCCUCUAAAAAUGGUCUUCCCACGUAUAUAUGAAACUAUGUCAUCAUCAUUUUCGUGUUAUACCAAAAUUACCUAUUUUUCAGCUCCGACUGCCUGAACGCGUCAAUGAAGACAUCCAGGAAGACCCGACGGCGUCGCGUUCGAUGUGGGAUCGCGGAGUUCUGAAUGGCGCCUCCCAGAAGGUACAGAUUUUCUUCUUUCGCCUUUGUACUUUUUGGCGGGGCAAAAGUCAAUGGGUCAAGUCCUAUCUUGAUAUCAGUGAUAGUCACUCAGACAGUCUACUUGACGGAAUAUUGCGGACUUUAUAGCUGAAGCCCGGAGACCGUACUCCAGGUGGAAGUCUCGAAAUUAGAGCGACCACAGAAAAGUGAAGGCUCUCCACAGAAAGACCAAAAAACAGCAGAAUCACUGAAAGGACACCUUCAGGUGGACCUCGUGGCGAACUUCUACGUCGGCGAUAUGGUGACGAGCCUUCAGAAGACGAGUCUGGUGCCCGGGGCCAGCGAGGCCCUCGUCUACACGACCAUCGGCGGCGCCAUCGGAUGCUUCGUCACCUUCUUGUCCAAGGAUGUGGGUUUUUAUUCUUUUCUCCCAGAAUGACCUAACGAGGUCUGGGAAAUCUUGAAAAUCGUCCUGAACAUUUUCUGUACUUGUUGAAGGUCCUGAAAGCCAAGGACUCAACGUCUGAAGUUUUUAUUAAGUUUUGAUGCCUCCAAGACUCCCAGGCUCUUCAUCUGUUACCUCAAGGAGUAGUAUGGCCGAAUUUAGGUAAUAACCAGUAUGACCUUUGGGGGAGGGCUACUCACUUUGCACUUUGGAAUUUUCAGAACCUUUCCAGAAUACUUGUUGAUGUACUUUAGGAAGAUUCUGAAAGUCUACACCUCCAAAAAAAUUAUUUUAUGAUUUUAUGGAAACGGCUUCUUGAAAAUCAACGUAAAAAUUAUUUUCAAACGGUGGAAUGUACCAAUUUGAGUUUUACCGAGAUUAUUGAACUUCCUAUAAAUUUAUAUUCAACCAAAAAAAUUGAAUUUGACUGGACAGAAUAAUUUUGAAAUUUACGCGGUCUCGAAUUUUUUUCUAUAGAUCUUCUCGGCAUUUUUCAAGUUUAGACGGAAAUUUGCAUCUAGUGACUUUAUUGAUCAAUAAUAGUGAAAUUCAAAUCCAGUUGCAGUGAUCUUUUUAUCUCUGUGGAGCGCAAAAGCUCUGGAACAUCUUUUUAAAUGAAAUUUAUUCUUUUUCUUCUUACGCCUUUGUACUGCUUGUGCACCAAAUUCUUGAUGCAAGGUCCUCUCCUGAUAUCAGUGAUAAUAUUUGGCCUCUAGUUAUAUAUAUCCGUCCUUUUGUGUGACGGCUGGGGUUUGAUGCCGUGGUACUAACAAAAUUCUUUUAACCCCUUGGUUGGCUCGAGGCAGGGAUCGAACUUGUGACCCUGUGGACCGUAGACAAGCACACAACCUGUUGCGCUACGGCGAUCUCAUAAUCCUCAUUUCAGGAGCUGGACUUCUUCACAAAUCUCGAAAUGCACGUGAGAUCCGAGUUCCCGCCACUCUGCGGCAGGGACCAUCUCACUUUCCGAUCCUACUAUGCUCCUUGCAAGGUGAUUUCCUUUCAAAAACACAAUAUCAAUUAUAAUUUCCCAAUUUCAGAGCGUCAUCGACGGCGAGAUCUGCGAGCAGUUCAGCCUCAUGCCCUCGGAAAAACAAAAGGCGGUCGCUGAGGAACUCGGCAAGUCCGUCAGCGAGGUGAUUUUCCCAAUAAAAUAAUAUUUCUAUUUUAAAAUAUUCCAGAUCUCCAAAAAAUUGGAAGACAUUCGAACUCGAUUCGCCUUCUAA